CAUCAACGACGAGAGAAACAAUGGCAGAGUCUGCGAUCCGAACCAUCGUCGAAUCAAUUCACUCAUCGCCGACGCAAGCCGUCGUGUAUCUUUCCGGCGGUGCCUCUCAGUCUUUAGGUUGGUUAAUGUCAGUUCCUGGAGCUUCGAACACACUUCUUGAAACCGUGGUUCCAUAUUCCAUGAUCUCUAUGGUUCAAUUACUCGGAAGGGUUCCGAACCAACACUGUAGCCAAUCAAUGGCAAAUGAAAUGGCUUUGUUAGCUUAUAAUCGGGCUCUUAAGCUUUCUAAACCAGGAUGUGCGGUUCUUGGUGUUGGUUUUACGGUAACAUUAGCAACUUCUCGUCCAAAGCGUGGGGAUCAUAGGUUCUUUUUGUCGAUAAGAGCAUCCGACCGGGUAUGGGAAACUUCAGUUACUCUAACAAAGGGAAAACGAAGCCGAGAGGAAGAAGAUAAAGUGGCAAGCUCUGUACUGAUUCAGGCUAUGGCCAAGGCAUGCCAAGUUUCUGAGACCCUUGAUUCUGGCUUGACUGAGUCUGAGGUGCUUAAUGAGUCUGAAACCCAGUUUAGUGAAGAAGAAGAACUAGAGCAGCUUAUAGAUGGACAAUUGUGCUCUAAGAUUUAUCCAUUUUCUAAAGAAUCGUAUGGGUCGGAUAAAGAUAGAAAGAUUAUACUGCCUGGUUCUUUUAACCCAUUACAUGACGGUCAUCUGAAGCUGUUGGAAACUGCUAUGAGUGUUUGUGAAGGAGGGUACCCAUGUUUUGAAAUAUCUGCAGUGAAUGCAGACAAACCAUCCCUUACAGUUGCAGAGAUUAAAGAUCGCGUCAAACAAUUUGAAGUACUUGAAAAGACGGUAAUAGUUUCAAAUCAACCAUUCUUCUACAAGAAAGCUGAACUCUUCCCAGGAAGCAGUUUUGUAAUCGGUGCUGACACUGCAGCAAGGCUUGUUAAUCCAAAGUACUAUGAAGGAAGCCACAAAAGGAUGUUGGAGGUACUAGGUGACUGCAAACGAACAGGUUGCAAGUUCCUUGUUGGUGGCCGUAAUGUAGAAGGUGAAUUUAAGGUUCUCGACGAUAUUGACAUUCCAGAUGAAAUAAGCAGAAAAAAAAUGUCGAGUUCGAGGCAGAUGGAUUCGCAAAUCAUCUCAGAUAAAGCGGAGGCUGAACGAAUUGUUAAGAAUGUAGCACGUUGCAUUGCCAGAAAAGGGUUGAAGUAUGAGAAGAGGAUGAUGACCAACGUCAAAGAUCCAAGAAUCAACUUUCUGAGGAACCCUGAAGAUCCCUUACACGGAUAUUACAAGCAGAAGCUUAGUGAUUACCUUUCUCAGCUUCAACAAAAUGGAACUAUUGUUGAUGAUUUUGGUCAUGUUGCAGCAACUAAUGUUAGUACCCAAGUCACUGAGCCACCUCCAGGUAUCAUCAGAAAUGAUAUCGAGAAUAUGGCCCUUUACAUUUCCAAAGGUGGGUUGGUGUUUGAGAGCGUGAUGAGGCAUCUCGUUGCAGAUGAAGCAAGAUACAGCUUUAUGGCUAGUUCCCAUCCCUUUCACGCGUUUUACCAGCAGAAGCUUACCGAAUAUCGUUCUAUCAAUCAACAAGACGGAGGAGCUAAUCAUGAUUAUGAUGCUACUCUUGCUUCUUACAAGCAAAAGGCUACCGAAUUCCGUUCUCGGAUUCAACAAGAGGGAGCUAAUCUUGAUGAUGAUGCUGAUGUUGGUCAACGCAUUGUUCUGCCAUAUCAUCUGGACCUUAGACUUCCUAAAGGGAUGAAUAUAAAGGAGUUUAGAACUAUGAAGCUCACAGCGCAGUUUGGGGCUUGGUAUGGGAACGAUUUCUGGCUAGGGUUCAAGAACAGAGAUGGGUUUGAGUUUACGAACCCAAUUGAUAGCAAGUUCCCACGUUUCACUCGGUUUUGGGAUUCUCUCCAAGAUUUGAAAUGGCACGAUGGUGGGGUGAUGUCUAUGGUUCAUUGGCAUGCUUCUCUCGUGAAAGAUUUUGCUAACAAUGAAGAGCUGCCACACCCUGAAACGGAACCAGAGCCAAAGAGACUAAAGCUUGACGAGCGAGGCCUUGUUCCAGAAGACCAGUUUCUUGCUCAACACCCGGGUUGGUGUACAAUCAGGGUUUCGAUUGUCAGUGUCGAAGGUCGUGAGGUAAACAUCAUUGAGAAAACAGUGCAGUCGUUAUCGGAAAACGUGGCCAGUUUCAAGGAGAAAAUAGCCGAGGAGGUCCGAAGUAUCCCACCAGAGAAACAGGUGUUAUUCGGAAAAGCCGGGUUGUUGAAGGACAACAACAGGUCACUAGCACAUUACAAUGUGGGAGCAGGAGAAAUCCUUACUCUGUCCUUGUGUACGUGUGGGAGAGAGACAGAUUUGGACAAGCCUUGUUGUUGCACGGAAUUGUUUAACAACGCACUUGGUGAGAUAAUGCGAUCUCAUGCUUCUUGUUUUGAUUGAUUGAUGUUUAGAUCUUGUUUGUUUC